UGUUAAAGCACUUCCUGAUCAUUCGUAAUUAUAAAUAAUUUCUAUAUAUUUGUGAUAGAGAUAAAGUUAAACAGUACAAUAUAACUCCUGUCAUAUUCGUUUAUUACGACAGACGAUAGCUUUUUUAUUGAGAAUUGAGCACUUUGUUUAAACUUGUACCUGCUCGAUCGUAAAGUUACCCUUUAGAAAUGGCUGCCAGAUACCGAGAUGUUGGCACGAAAGUGUACAUUGGUGACCUCCCUAGAGAGGCAUCUGAACGAGAACUAGAACGCAUAUUCCGGGAGUACGGAAGGUUGCGUAAUGUUUGGGUUGCGAGGAACCCACCUGGCUUUGCUUUCGUUGAAUUUGAAGAUGCCGCAGAUGCCAGUGAUGCCGUGCGUGAACUCGACGGAACAGUCAUGUGUGGUGUCCGUGCCCGUGUUGAACUGAGCACUGGGAAGUCGCGACAGAAGCCGUGGGUACGUGGAGGUGGUGGUGCGCGUAAUGGUGGAGGACGUGAUAAUGGGAUUGGUUCUCGCCGUAUGAAACCGUUUGACCCAACAGAUCGGUGUUACGAGUGUGGAGAACGCGGACAUUAUGCCUACGAUUGCCGUCGUCGAGGUGGUGGGCCGGGAGGUCCGAAUGGACGCAGCAGGCCUGAAGGCCGAAGAAGGUCGAGAUCUGUGUCAAACCAUAGAAGUUUCUCCCGAAGCCGCAGUCGUUGAUCAAGUUGGAGUUUGCAGGCUUACAAUGCAUUUCACUUCGAGUCCAAAAAUGUUUAAGCCAUAUCAGGCCUUUUUUAUCCGAAAUAUAAUUAAUACCAAUCACGUCUUCUGGUCUCCUGGAUAUCGUUUGUUAAUUUGUCAUCUCAUUGCUUAUGAUCCGCCGAGUUUCUUUUUGAGGGAAUUAAGCAGCUUUACACCUUAUGUUGGUUUGUUGAGGAUUCAGGCUCUAAGCACUAAGGCAUAUUAUGAUGUGCACUACUUAUACAGACAGAAAUAAGUAGUAUUUAUAGCAGUGAUUGGAAAUGGAAUGCAUACCAGCAGAAGAUUGAAAUAAAAAGAAGACGAAGGAAAAGAGAGAGAGCAGUCAGAAUAAC